AUGUGCUUCCUUCAACAGGAACGACGCAACAAAAGCGAUCAAUGUUUGGUGUGGUCGGAGCAGUCGGUGUCUGAAAUGUGUGCCCUCAAGCCAGACGAGCGUAUCCGUCGACUUCGUACAACCUUCCUAUUCUCUGACCUUCAACCGAUUUCCUUAUAUUCGGUGUUUGCUGCCGGCUCCAACAGCGAAGGCUGGUCCAGACGCCUCCUCUCCGGAGUGCGCGGCAGCGACUGCGUCCGAGAGAGUGGCGAACGAUGCAAUGCAUGCUUCAAUCGUCUUGCGACAGCGUUACGACGUCUUGACGACGCUUAUCGAUCUUUCGAUCAAUCGUGGUAUAAGCGAUGGCUACUCGUUCAAACAGUUUCUAUAUGGCGUGAACCACCUUGCGUGAACUGGUGUUAUUAUGCUCAACUCGCUUGCCCGCACCUUGCCACAUCGAAAGUUGUCGAUUACGCUGGUCAUCCAUCGUUCCAGUGCAGAGAGGGUUCUGGUGCUCUUCCUUUGCUGACGUGGGCGAUUUCAGAUCUGGAUAUUCCGUUACCACAGGAGCCAGAAGCAUCCAGGUGUGGAUGUGUGCACCCAUGCGAUCUUCGUGGUAUCGUCACUGAUGGUGACAUGGCGCGCAUGGCCAUGUCCGGCCAC